AAAACUAACACCUUCUUCAAAUAUAUACACAUCAAUUUCAACGAAUGGAAGUGGAGAGUUGAAGUCAAUUUGUGCCAAAAGAAAGAAUUCUUCGAGAGGGGAAGACAAUGGAUAGAGCAAAGAAAAAGUUUGCAUCAGCAAUUGAUGGGCUUCGAUCCUUACACAAUAGAACAGAGAUAAAUGUGGACGAGAAAAUUCAAUCAGAGCAUUGUAGAUUUACUAGGGUAGUACGUCACGGUCUUCCAGAAGAUCCACGAUGUUUUGCAUAUGAUCCAGUCCAACGUCUUAUUGCAAUUGGAACAGGUCGUGGUCAUAUUCGAAUAAUUGGAGACGCUGGUGUCGAUUAUCUGCUCAAACAUGAAUCUGGUGAACCUGUACUUCAUAUGCAAUUCCUUGUGAAUGAAGGAGGACUUAUCACAUCAUGCGGCACUGAUUCAAUUCAUUUGUGGAAUUAUAGGCAAAAGACCGCAGAAAUUGUGCACACUGUGCAACUGAGCAAAGAAUCAGUUUCGUGUAUUCAUUUGCCUGUUGCUGGAAAAUGGUUAUUUAUUGGAACUGAUAAGGGUAAUGUCUACUUCUUAUGCUUGAACAGUUUUCUUCUUAGUCCAUAUGUAAUUAAUUGGAACAAAGCUAUUGAUUUAUCAUGUCGGGUACAUCCGGGUCCAGUACGCCAAUUGGCGGUAUCACCAGCAGAAAAUACAAAACUAUUAAUAGUAUACGACAAGGGAAUAGUUGUUCAAUGGAAUUUAGGAACAAGAGAAGUUGAUCGAUAUCCAUUAGAUCCACCAAUUAAAAGUGUCAAUUGGCAUUUUGAUGGACGUCAGAUUCUUACUGGAAAUGUCGAUGGAUCAAUAUCUCUGUAUAAUCAUAAAAAAUCAACGGAGGCUAUACAAAGAACGACUCCACAUGGUUCAGGCCCAUGUCGACCAAUUCAACAGGUCGAAUGGAAGCAUAUGAGUGAAACUGAGAGUAUUAUUAUGUUUUCUGGUGGAAUGCCAACAGAUGAUGGACUUCCAAUGCCUGCAUUGACAAUUCUAAAAGGUGGAAAAUCGGCGACGGUUUUGGAAAUGGACUGGCCGAUCAUUCAAUUCAUACCAUUGAAUCAGAAUAUCUGGAAUUCGAUUCCACAAUGCCCACAUUCUGUGGCUGUUCUUUUAAAACAUGACUUCAUGGUUCUUGAUUUGAAUCAAAAUGGUCAUCCAGUUAUCGAAUCACCUCAUGCAAUGAAUAUUCACGAAAGUCCAGUAACCUGUAUGGCUUACUAUUCUGAUUGUCCAUUGGAUUUGAUCGGUGCACUCACACUAGUCGGUACCAAGCAACGAAAUAAGGAAUUCAGUGCGCGGUCAUGGCCAGUAACUGGUGGAUUGGGAAGAGAAUGUGCAACUGGACAUCAGGAACUUGUUGUAACAGGUCACAAAGAUGGGUCACUCAAAUUUUGGCAAGAAACGGGAGAGCAUCUACAGAUUCUAUACAAACUGAAAUCUUCGUCUCAUUUCGAGCGACUAGAAGAAAUGGAGACUUCAGAUAAAGUUUCACAUGCUGUUAAAUAUAUCGAACUUUGUUUGGAGAGCCGUCAACUUCUUGUAGCUGGAAUUUCGGGUCAAGUAACACUUUUCCGGUUUACGAAACAAGAGAUUUGCGGAACAAUUGCUGUUGUGAAUAUACCACUCCUGGGAAAUCUUUCUUCAAAUCUUCCGAAUAACGAUUUUGACAAAUCUCCAGUGCCAAACGGUCCUGGAAAAGAAAUUAGAAGACAGAGAAAGAUUGUCUCACGAGAAUCCACGAAUUCCCUAGAUACAUCUGAUUCUGGAGAUGAAAGAAUUGUACCAUUUAAAGUACGAGGAGCUCCAGUAAAAAGACCACCUGGAUUUGUGCCUGAGCUGGCAUGUUUUGUUCCAUGGCAUUCACAUGCAAAAGUUGAUCAGAUUACGACAAUAUGCCUUAAUUCAUCGUACGGUAUCAUUGCAAUUGGAACGUCAUCUGGCCUUGCCUUAGUUGACACAACCCAAUGUGCAUUAAUAUACUCUUGGACAACAAAUGAACUUUAUGGUUCUGAUCCAACACCAGCCAUCCAAUUAAGUAUGCAACUUAGUGAUGCAGCAAGUCCUCUUGAGAUCGACGAAUUUGAAAAUGAUGAUACUCUGAUCUACAACACGGAUACUGGAAAUUAUACAUUGAGGUCAACAAGAAAUAGUCUAACACCAUCAUCAAAUGGUUUUCUUCAUCCAGGAGAAAUGCCAACUAGACCUAAAUCCGCAGCGAACUCAUCAAACAAGUCGGGCGGUAUGAUGGGUUUAUUCCGAAGAAACACGGCAGAGUUGGCAGCUACAAUUCGUGAACGCUACCAAGGAAAUCGUUCUGAAUCGGCAACAACAGAUCGUCCAGAUGUAGAACAUCGUGGCGAGACACCACCACCCACACCAAAUGAAGGAAAUAAAGUUCAAAAAGCUGGAAGAAGUCAUUCAGUAAAAGGAAGCUUUAUAAGAAGAUUUGCAAAGAGUUCAUCAUCAAAAGAAAAGAAAGAAGUAAAGAUUGAAGUGGAUAAUCAAAGUAAUUCGGGAAUUGAACGAUCCAGAAGCUUCCAUUCACAUAUUUCAGAGGAAGGUGAUUCUCAACGGGAAUCUCCAUCAUCUGGUCGUCAAUUGAAUACAUCAUCUCCAUCUACUUCAUCACAAUCACUGGAAAGAUCAAUGUCGACACAACCACAAGAAUCAAUUACCUCGUUGUCAUUCAUCCAUUCGUAUUCUAAAAAGAACGAUUCAAAAAUGUCUCCAUGUCUUUGGGUUGGAACAUCUGCAGGUGCUUCCCUCGCUUUGAAUUUAAUACUGCCAGAAGAUCGCUUCACUUCUACAAUCGUCGUCGCACCAUCGGGUACUGUUGUUAGAUUGAAAGGACAAGUUAUAAGUCAAUCAUUCAUGGAUAACACCUUCUGCAUCAUUUCACCAGCUUCGGAAUCAUACAAGGAAGCAGCUAAAGAACAAUCCGCCACUAGUCCAGAUCGGUCUUUGUUGAAUCGGGUAAACACGAAAGCAAGCCUGGCUCCACAAUAUUCAAGUUCAAUUGAUUCAAACGAUGAAAUCUCUCAAAUUCUGAUAGUAGCUGCUGAAAAUGAAGUGAAAGUAGUUGCCCUACCAACAUUCAGUCAACUAUACGUCCAGAAGUUCGACGAAAUUCCAUUGGUGAAAGCAACGCCCACUCAUAUACGUGGAUAUCCAUGCCUGAUGUGUCUAUCAGCAGCUGGUCAGAUUAUCAUGUUAUCACUACCAUCAUUGAGAAUUCUUCAAACUUCUACGAUUUUCCCACAUUCUGUGGAAAUUGAUGACCCUCUAUGUCAAAAAACAGCAUUUUCCGAUCACGGAUUGGGUGUUUACAUGGCAAGUCAAACAGAGAUGGAAAAGUACACAAUGUGCUCCGAAAUUGCCGAGCAAACAGGCGAGUCACUUGGAGAACUAUUUGUACCAUGUGAAAUGCCAGAACAGCCAAAAAAUAAUUCAUUCUUGAAGGGAGUGUCAUCGAUCUUUGGAGGAACUCCAAGAAAUGAUCCUAAUGAUAUUGAUGCCAUCUUGUCUGAGAACAUGGGAGUCAAGAAUAGUUCUGGAGUGAAUCCGAUGCGUAGCGUUGCCCGAACAAUUCCUGGACCAUCAGUUCAAAUGGAUAGAGCACAAGCUGGUGGAGUGUCUGCUGGACAGGCGGCUGCCAUGGCUUUACAGAACUUGAACGAACGAACUGAAAAACUGAAUGCCACAGUUGAUGCUACUGAAAACUUGAAAAACAACGCAAUGAGUUUAUCCUCGAGAACUGGAAAACUUGUGGAAAAAUAUGAGAAAAAGAAGUGGUACAACUUCUAGUUUCCGUCAUUUUUUAGUUUUGUAUCUGUAGUUUUGGUAGAUUUUUUGUACAUAUUAUAAAAUUAUUUUAAUUCUAUUAUUUAUAUUUGAGAGCUUCAUUCUUCGGUGUUUCUUGUCCUCUAAUUUCCAGUCCAGUUCAAUUAAUUUAUUAACCGGUUGAUUAUUAUUAAAUGUUUUCAAUACAUCCUCAAUUUUUCCAUUUGGCUUAUUUGUAUGCUGAGCCUUCGGUUUUUAUUUUAUAAUCAAUCUGCCGAAUAAUUUAAUUUUCUUGUUGGGUUAUGAAAAAUGUAUCAGCUUCAUUGACUUUUUGGAGAUUUAGAUAAUAAAGAUGAAAUGAAU